CCUAUUGGUCGGCGUGCCUUCCCUCUUGUCCGGGAGAGCACGAUUCAACGCCUCUAUCAGUUGGCAGAGGCAGAAGUUGUUCUAGCCUACUUCUUCACCCGGGUAGGUAGCGCAGCCACCUGGGUUGGUUUCGGGAUCCGCGCCUGGCCUGGCCGUGCGUGCCUACACUGUGGCGGAAUCUAUCCAAGGAGCCGGUGUCUUCCCCCUUUCCAUUUUGUGCGUCUGGGAUUACAUGGAUUGAGUUGGGAGUUUCUUUUGUUGUUUUGCAUACAACUGCAGGCGCAAUUAGCCUUUGCUGGAAUGUCUGACCUGAGAUAGCAGCGUGGAAGACCCUGGGAUCUGCCUUACCGGGUCACCGCUGGACACACCAAUUGGAUACACCUAACAUCAACCCUCUCUGUUGGAACCAGGGCGUAAUAUAUUGGACCUCAUCAUGCCGGAACAGGUCACCGUCCCGGAAUUUAUGGACAUCACAAAUGAGGAUUACAAAGCCCCAACAACUUCUAUUUUCACGACUCGAAUGACACACUGUCGGAAUACUGUAACAGCUUUAGAGGAGGCAUUAGAUGUGGACCGAGGUGUUCUGCACAAGAUCAAGAAGUCUGUGAAGUCGCUCAACAAUUCAGGCCUGGCGCACGUGGAGAAUGAGGAGCAGUACAUCGCGGCGCUGGAGAAGUUUGGGGAGAACUGCGUGUACCGAGACGACCCCGAGGUGGGCUCCGCCUUCCUCAAGUUCUCCGUCUUCACCAAGGAGCUCACCGCCCUCUUCAAAAACCUGUUGCAGAACAUGAGCAAUAUCAUCACCUUCCCCUUGGACAGUCUGCUGAAAGGAGAUCUGAAAGGCGUCAAAGGGGACCUGAAGAAACCUUUCGAUAAAGCCUGGAAGGACUACGACACCAAACUUAACAAGAUUGAGAAAGAGAAGCGUGAGCAUGCGAAACAGCAUGGAAUGAUCCGCACGGAGUUCAGCGGAGGAGAGAUCGCGGAGGAGAUGGAGAAGGAGAGGCGUCUAUUCCAGCUACACAUGUGCGAGUAUCUUCUCAAAGCCAAUGAGAUCAAGGUCAAGAAAGGAGUGGAUCUCCUCCAGAACCUCAUCAAGUAUUUCCAUGCUCAGUGCAACUUCUUCCAGGAUGGACUGAAGGUGGUGGAGAGCCUGAAGCCAGCCAUGGAGAAGCUGUCCACUGACCUGGGAGCCAUCAAGCAGAGUCAGGAUGGAGAGCGUAAGCAGUUGACCCAGCUGCGCGAUGUGCUGAAGUCCUCCUUACAGGCCGAAUCUAAGGAGGAUGCGCAGGCCAAACAGACUGGCUACAGUCUUCAUCAGCUGCAGGGCAACAAGGCCCACGGCACCGAGCGCUCAGGGAUGCUGUCCAAGAGGAGCGAGGGCCUGCGACGGGUCUGGCAGAAGAGGAAGUGCUCUGUACGGGCCGGGUUCCUCACUAUAGCCCACGGGACGCCAAACACACCCCCUGCCAAACUCAACCUGCUGACCUGCCAAGUGAAGAACAACCCAGACGAGAAGAAGAGCUUUGACCUCAUCUCACAUGACAGAACGUACCACUUCCAGGCAGAGGAUGAGCAAGAGUGUCAGAUAUGGAUUUCAGUGUUACAGAACAGUAAAGAGGAAGCGUUGAACGACGCGUUCAAAGGCAACGUGGAGGAGAGCGGCGAGAACAACAUCGUGCAGGAGCUGACGCGUGCCAUCGUGGAGGAGGUGAAGAGGAUGAGCGGGAACAAUGAGUGUUGUGACUGCGGUGCUGCCGAUCCCACCUGGCUCUCCACCAAUCUUGGGGUGUUAAUCUGCAUCGAGUGUUCCGGAAUCCACCGUGAGAUGGGCGUCCACUACUCCAGAAUCCAGUCCCUCACUCUAGACGUCCUCGGAACCUCAGAGCUGCUGUUGGCUAAGAACAUUGGGAAUGCGGUCUUCAAUGAGAUCAUGGAGGCCAAUGUGUCCGCAGAGGACGUGACCAAGCCCAAUCCCUCUAGUGACAUGCAGAUGCGGAAAGACUACAUCACGGCCAAGUACGUGGAGAAGCGCUUUGCCCACCGCAAGUACAGCGAGACGGCGGGCAGGCAGCACGCGCUGCGGGAGGCCGUGAGGAACAGAGACAUCUUCACCCUGCUGCAGGUCUACGCGGAGAAGGUCGACCUCAUGGAGGCCAUUCCACCGGGACAGCACGAACACGAGCCAGGGGAGACCGCGCUGCAUCUGGCCGUCAGGACCGUGGACAGGAACUCCCUUCACAUAGUCGACUUCCUGGCACAAAACAGUGGGAGCCUGGACAAGCAGACAGCCAGGGGGAGCACGGCUCUGCACUACUGCUGCCUGACGGACAACAGUGAAUGCCUCAAGCUGCUACUGAGGGGCAAGGCUUCAGUUGCUACAGCAAAUGAAGCAGGGGAGACGCCACUGGACCUGGCCCGACGCCUGAAACAUACUCAGUGUGAAGAGCUGCUGAUGCAGGUGCAGACGGGCAAGUUCAAUGUGCACGUGCACGUGGAGUACGAGUGGAGACUGCACAACAACGACCUAGACGAGAGCGAUGAGGAGAUGGAGGAGAAGCCCAUCCUUCAGAGAAGGCGUGAAAAACGGCCGCCCAUCCCCCACGGUCGUCGCGAGAUGGAGCGCCCGGUCAGCUGUUUCGUGCCGGGUAGCACCGGUCCCAUGCCGGCCAAUCUGGCGGCGUCCCUGGCGCGUGACGCCGCCUCCCUCGCGGCCAGCCGGCAGCAGCGAGGCUUCAUCCCCAGCAUGGUCUGCAACGAGACCUACGGCACCAUGAUGGACCCGGGGCUGUCGCCCCCGCCCACACACCACACGCCCAGCCUGCCGGGAGGAGGGGGAGGUGGAGGAGGAGGGGGAGGGGUCAGUACCGUGCCCGUGCCCGUGCCCUUGCCCCCACUGCCGCCACGCAACCCUGGCAAAGGAGGCUCCGGGUGGAGGUCCAGCACCAUGGAGAGCGCCGGCAGGCAGAGGUCGUCCUCCGACCCCUACAACCCAGAGACGUACAUCCCCAUGAACGUGGUUCCUCCACCAGCCCCGGCGCCCCCUCCUCCGGUCUUCAAGAAGACAGCCACGGUGGACUCCAAGGGCAAGAUUGCCCCCUUGCCCCCCGUCCCGUUACCCUCCCCCCCACCUCCUGCCCCCCCUCACGGUGCCCCCCGGCUCCCGCUGCCCCCCGCCCCCACCCUCCCUCCUGCCCCGCCCUACAAACCCACUCCACCCCCACCCCCACCACACGCCAACCGCUCAGUCACACCCAAGUCACCUACUGGUAUGGAGGCCAGUGUCACCAAAACACCAUCCGGCCGGCCCUUACCUCAAGACAGACGAGCCAAGCGGCCCCAAGGUAAAGACGCCCCAGCGCCUCCCCCCGGCACGGAGCCACCUUCUCCCUCGUCACCCCCCACCCCCAAACCCAGGAGUCUUCACAGCACCAAACAGAAGCCCCAGAGAGUGAAGGCCAUCUACAACUGCAAGGCGGACAACCCCGACGAGCUGACGUUUAACGAGGGAGAGGUGAUCGUAGUGGACGGAGAAGAGGACCAGGAGUGGUGGGUGGGUCACGUGGAGGGAGAGCCCAGCCGGAGAGGAGCCUUCCCAGUCACCUUCGUCCACAUACUCACCGACUGACCUCCGCCGCGCAGGCUGACUCUACUCUACAACACCGGUGUCACUUCAACAGACGGUCACUUCAUUCACAGUACCCAUGAUGAGAAAAGAGAAGUGUCACUGUCUAUGUCACAGUACCGUUACUUUAUCACUGACUCUGACUCACGAGUAUCAGUACCGUCACCAAUCAUCGGUAAACCAUCAUUGCUUCAUCGGACCUGAAAACACCAAUGUCACUGUCAUGAGAGUGACACGUCACGACAGACUGGCUGGCCGUACAGUCCUGGUGUCAGACCGGAGAGUAUAAUUGAACAGUGUCACUUCAUCAGACAGCCUCCAGUGACAAGUGGACUCUCGCUCCAUCGGACUUACUAUCCUUAUUUAAGAAGGUAUCAUUGUCACAGGAGUGUCGCUUCUUCAGAUGGACUAACUUUACAGUAGUGGUGUUACAGGAUUGUACAGAUUUGCAGUGUUACAUCACUGUCACAUCAUCAGACAGUGUCACAGACACCAGUGGCAUUGGACCAUCACCGUCACUUCAUGUGACUUCAUCAUUGACUAACUAUUGUGCCCCCAAACCUGUGUCAAAGGAAGAACUAUUGUUGCUGAUCCCAUGCAGCAGAAGUGGUAUCACAGGAGUCACUUCAUCAUUGUCUGACCCUCAUUCCUCGUUCACUGUACAGUACCAGUAGCCUCGCGACGCCAUCCUCUGUACUCCACCCAAAGAUUUUGGCUCCGCACAUCGUCUGGCAAAAGCCUCGAGCUCGGUUCUCUCAGUGUCUAGCCAAUCAGCAAACAGCUGAGAGUGAUGACGCAGAACUCACCCGCGAGCUCCGUUACUGAUUGGUUAAGGUAACUAAAUUCACACUUUCGUUUUGUUAUUUGUUUGCUUUUGCGGCGCUAUAUCGUAACAGGCAUGCUAAUAAAGCACAAUAUGGGUUUUAAUUUGAGUUUGGAACUCCAAUUCAUUUAAAUGAUAGAGUAAGAUCAGACCAUCUACCACCCUCCACGGAGACGGAUUCCUCAUGACUCUUGCCAGACUAAUUGACGGAGUCAACAGUCGGCUUUUCGCCCAGGCUACAGUACCAGUGUUACAGGACUAUGACUUCUUGACUGACUGACAUUACAGACUAGCUUUGGGUUUCCACUUCCUCACUGACUGAGUGACUCCAUGAACUAGAGAUGUACAGGAUCCAAGAUCCGGUUCCGGAUCCGGCAGGAUAAUAGGGUUUUUCACAGGAUCCGGUUCCGGUUCCA